UAAAUUCUAAUUUGGAACAUAACGUAUUAAUUAAUAUGGAGUCAGAUAUAACGAGUAAGAUCAGCGGGGACAGUAGAACAUAGAUACAGUAUUCACAGGCUGCUUAAAGAAUAACCUUUUCCAACAGCAACAGAGGAAGACAUUCUGCAUAAACCUUCACUCCGAACUAUUUCCCUCCUUGGUGUAGUUUCGAGAGCCUACAUUUUGGUGACCCCGACGUGAUCUGAUUGCUGUCUGUGGUUUUUGCCUGCGUGACCACUUUCGUAAGACGACAACUUCCUGUCCUACUGUACAUUGAUAUGAGGUUUGGCGUCGCUGUCGUUCUGUUCUACUUCCAGCUGUGGUGGCUUGCUGCAGCAAUCCCAUGGGUGCCGGAUACCAGGAGGGUGUCAGGGAACUCAUGUGUGAAGCUGGGGCAGCGUAUCCUCCUGAACUACCAUCUGAAAUGUGGGAGAUGGGUGUGGAGAUAUUUUAAGGGGCCAUCCACACCUCAUAUCACCAUACCGCCAAGGGAACCAGUUACAUGGCCUCCCGGGAUAGCACCGGAACCAAAUUGUGCCGCAAAAAUUUGCUGUAGGUCAGGUUCCACCCAUCUCCCAUCCAGGACAGUAACUGGCUACACACUUUUGCAGCCCAUAAAAUUCACACAACCCAACACCACAGCCUGGUACAGGCUUAAAGAGUACCCAGGCGCUGACAUUGGCAGCUUACAUCUGCUACAUUAUGAAAAUAACCAUGGCUUAGAUCCAAAAAAGUGCUACCGCACGAUGGAUCUAGAGCCGAGCACCUAUCGAUGCACCCAUACCGAGCCACAUAAUCAAACACACAUAGGAUACACAGAGUUAAUUUUCAAUGUAACCUCCUCCUCUAUUAACGACCGCAGUGGACUUAAAGCCUUCAUCUGGACCAGCCGGAAGGAGGGGACAUACUGCGUGGGGCGAUGCGAGGCUAGUCUGGAGACUUACACCAGUCCCCAGAACUGCACUUGGACUCGGCAUCAUUGUUUUAAUUUAACCACCUGCGGAUAUCACAAGCCCACGCAGUGUCCUAAGACCUACCCUCUCCCUCCUGGUGGUCUCAUUAAGGGAAAUGUAAACAAAACCUUAUUACAUGACGUAAAUCUUGUAAUGGCGCAUGUUAGUUACAAUAUCUCGAACAUCCUGUCAGCUUAUGUAACCCAUUGUGACAUAAAGGACAAAACAUAUGCAUGGCUGCAGGCACGGCUCGAUGAUUUAGUUUCUGAUUAUAAAGGCAGACUUGCCGUUCAAAUUCCACCCGUACGCUCUAAGCGAGACUUGUUCGGAGAUGUUACAGGUCUUUUCGUUUCAGGUAACUCUAUUGCAAACACCUAUAAAAUAACCAAACAAUCUCAAUACUCAGCAUGGUUGGCAAAUCAAGUGGCCACUGGUUUCCAACACCUCACUAAUAGCAAUGAGAAUAUCAUUAAGGCUGUAAGGUCCGAAGCGCAGGCGCUUCUUGCCAUCAGCCAUUCAUUAUUCAAUCAGACCCGUACCAUCGAGCGUGCCUUAGCCUGCAGAACAUAUGCUCAGGAUCUGUUUACUGCUGCCAGACAAGAGAUUUUAGACCUUCGUCUGCGCAAACCCCCGAGGCAUGUUCUAAAUGAUUUGAUAGAAACUUUAGACCUGCACAGGUGGAUUGUGUCAGAAAAAAUGAAAGACAUAAAGCAUGCCGAAUUAUUGACAACUUCUAUGAUGUACACAGGGACUGAAUGUGUGGGAUGUAUUGGGUUCUUUGUUUCUUUUCCUUUAAUUCACCCAGAACAGGUGUACCCAAAUUCCACUACCAUACGCUCUAUCGGCGUAGUAGUGAAGAAUCAGAUUCUAAAAUUAGAUCACCUUACCGGGUAUAUCACUAUGAGGGGCACAAAGACCAUAUUCACCACUCGCAUGUGUUGUCAUGAAACCUCUAGCUAUAUCAUCUGUACCUGUAACACCUUACAACCUUUUUCUCCCAAUGAUACCAAAUUCAUUAGUGUGCAGUCUUUGCAUGGCCACGCUGACGCUAUCCAGGUUUCCCACACACAAUGGUGCGUCAUCAGCGAGAUGAACUCUUUCUCGUAUGGAGGUCUGACCUGUCCAGCAAACCACACUUUCUGCUUGGAAGUGACGGAAGAUUUGGCCAUGGGUCAGAUCAACAUUCUAGGCCGAGUUCCACUGGAGGUAGACGUCUCCCCGUGGUGGGAGGACACAUUCUACGAACAAGGAACGCGGGCCCUGACUGACCUAAUGAGUUUGGUAGAACAGAUCAUCCGUGACACCAAUUACCACAUCAACCAGGCCCAGGUGGAGGUGAAUCUGGCCAAAAGAACAGCGGAGAUCCUGGCCAGCUCCUCUACCCGGUCCGCCCAGGACGCGUACACCUGGUGGGAUUGGGUGUUCCGAGGGUGCGUCAUCGCUAGCGCAGUCAUCUUUACCAUCACCCUGGUUCAAUGCUGUUAUUUUCGACACCUAAUACACUCUCUGCGCACCUCCACUCAUGCUGCUUUGGUUCUCAGCCCCCUCCAGUUGCCAGCGAGACCGGGCUUGAGACCAUAAACACCGGACCUGGACUGCUGUCAAAGUUGGGCAUUUUCAGUGACCCCUGGGACAGCGUUCUGUUUGUCCCACGGGGCCAGAGAGGGGAAUCUGUAAGGCCCACGGGAACAGGCAUAGAGUGGAAUUUCCUCUCUGACUGUCGUAAAGCAAUUCGCCAGGUGCAGAGUCUGAUAUUGUCGGGACAGAGUGACCCGUAAG